GGAAGAGAAGGGGCAGCUCUCCCAGCCAUCUUGUGGCAGCAUCCAGCGAAUUGUUCGCAUCAAGCCUCGUAGAAUCGGAGGUGAAUCCCGCUGAAGGGGCGCCAUCAUGCCCGGACACCUGCAAGAAGGCUUCGGCUGCGUCGUAACCAACCGGUUCGACCAGUUAUUGGACGAUGAGUCCGACCCGUUCGAGAUCCUGAAAGCCGCUGAAAACAAGAAGAAGGAGGGGGCCGCCGCUGGUUCCACCAAGACCGCGGCUCAAGCCGCCAAGCAGCCGAAGAAGGAGUCACAGAAGGACAGGAAGAACCCGCUGCUGGACAAGAAGGAGGAGUCCCAGGCUCCAGUCCCCCUGAAGAAAGAGGGUAUCAGGCGGGUGGGCCGAAGACCGGACCAGCAGGGCCAGCCUGGUUCCCAGCACCAGGCUGGGCAGGGCGAAGGGCGACCUGGAGACAAGAGGCCGGACCGGAGACCUCCUCGAGAGCGCCGUUUCGAGAAGCCCGCAGAGGACAAGCCUGAGGGAGGCGCAGAGUUCUCUGUAGACAAGCCUUCUGGAGACAGGCCCCCUAGAGGGCGUGGUGGCGGCCGGGGUGGACGUGGUGGAAGAGGACGGAGCAUGGGCCGAGGAGAGGGCUUCGACUCACGUGGGAAACGGGACUUCGACAGACACAGCGGCAGUGACAAAUCCAAUCAGAAAACUGAGGAGAAGCGCAGUGGCAGCGGCUCACACAACUGGGGCAACGUGAAGGAUGAAGUGAGUGAGGCUGAACAGACUAGUGCUGCUCCUGAGACGACCCCAGAAGGAGAGGAAACUGCACCUGCCGGCUCUGAGAACAAGGAGAAUGAGGUUGAAGAAGUGAAAAACGAAGGCCCCAAAGAAAUGACCCUGGACGAGUGGAAGGCCAUGCAGGACAAGGAGCGCACCAAGGUGGAGUUCAACAUCCGUAAGCCCAACGAGGGAGCCGACAGCCAGUGGAAGAAAGGAUACGUGCUGCACAAGUCCAAGAGUGAAGAUAGGCCCGUCGGUGCUUUGAUUGACGCCUCAGAGACGGAAGCAGACUCAAACACUCUUUACCACAAGGAAAUGCAGGCCGGUGCUGACGAGUCCAGUGACCACCAUUUCCGCAAACCAGCCAACGACAUCACAUCUCAGCUGGAGAUCAACUUUGGAGACCUUGGCCGUCCCGGCCGCGGGCGCGGGGGAGCGCGUGGGGGCAGGGGAGGCCGCGGCGGGGGAGGCAGCAGGACGGCACGCGGGGGAGGACGGUCCGAAAAGGCUAGUGGAGUGUCAGUCCCCAACGUGGAUGAUCCUGAGGCCUUCCCAGCCCUGGCCUAAAAGCUCCUUUUCCACCACCAGCCCACCCAUCAGCCCUUCCGGGCCCCUCCUCUACGAGGCUUGCAUGCUUACCACAUCUUCAAGUAUAUAAGAAAACAGAGAAAAAAAAAAAAGAUUUUAAUGACAAAAAAAGACUGUCAUCCCAUACCACUCACACCACCAGAGGACUAAAAAUUUUA